AUGUCAGUCCGGUCAAGACCUGGCUAUUACCGCCAGGAGGUGAACAAGACCGUUUGGGAAGUACCUGAACGAUAUCGGGACUUGAAACAGGUGGGAACGGGAGCGUACGGCACAGUAUGUUCUGCAAUAGACCGCAAAACAGAAUUCAAGGUGGCCAUCAAGAAGCUGCAUCGGCCGUUCCAGUCCGAGCUUUUUGCGAAAAGAGCAUACCGCGAGCUGAGACUACUCAAACACAUGAAACAUGAGAAUGUAAUUGGACUCUUGGAUGUUUUCACUGCCGACCUGUCUCUAGACAGGUUUCAAGAUUUUUACCUUGUGAUGCCCUUCAUGGGCACAGAUCUGGGCAAGCUGAUGAAAGUGCAGAGGCUUACAGAAGACAAAGUUCAGUUUCUGGUCUACCAAAUGCUAAGAGGGCUCAAGUAUAUCCAUGCAGCUGGUAUCAUUCACAGGGAUCUCAAACCAGGAAAUCUGGCCAUCAACGAAGAGUGUGAGCUCAAGAUCCUGGAUUUCGGGCUGGCUCGACAGGCGGACGCUGAGAUGACGGGGUACGUGGUCACGCGCUGGUACAGGGCCCCUGAAGUCAUCCUUAACUGGAUGCAUUACACGCAAACUGUGGACAUCUGGUCUGUUGGCUGCAUCAUGGCAGAGAUGCUGUUGGGAAAACCUCUCUUCAAAGGAAAUGAUCAUCUGGAUCAGCUGAUGGAAAUCAUGAAGAUCACAGGAACUCCCGCGCAAGAAUUCAUAGCCAAACUUCAGUCCCAGGAUGCUAAAAACUACAUUUCCAAGCUCCCUCGACUGAAGAAGAGAGAUCUUCAAACCUUGCUGCCAAACACCAAUCCAUUAGCUAUCAGUGUAUUGGAUCACAUGCUGCUAUUGGACCCCGACAGCAGAGUGACAGCUGCUGAGGGCCUUGCCCUCCCCUUCUUCGGAGAGUUCCGUGAACCAGAGGAAGAGACGGAGGCUCUGCCAUAUGACAGUUCACUGGAUGAUGAAGAACAGACCUUGGAUCAAUGGAAACGUCGUACUUUUACAGAGAUUCUGACCUUUACACCACAGAAAGGUGUUUAUGAGUCUAAGGAAACAUCCCUUUGA